UGAGGCGCAGGUGAGGCCGCGGGGGCUUCCGGCGGGCCUGCGCCCCCGCGGCAAGGCCGAGGGCCGGGCCGCCUCCGAGGGCGGGACCCCCCGGCGCCCGGCAGGCUUCCGGGAGGGGCGGGAGCUGAGCGGCCGAGCCCGAAAACAAGCCCGGGGCGCAGAGCCCCUGGGGGUCGGACCCCUUCCCCGCGGGAGGGGCUCGCGCUUACCUGGCGGCCGAGAACCUGGUGGCAGCUCCGGACGCAGGGACCCCUCCUGGCAGAGGCUGUGUGGGGUGGGCGCCCCGGGUUCGGGCCUGGAGCCGGGAAGCGCCAGAGGCCCGUGAAAGGCCAGGGUCAGCCGUGAGGGGCUCCCCAGCACCGGCAGUGGCGCCGCCGCCUUGCUGGGGGGCACGUCCUGGAGACCUUGUAAAGCCUCGCCUCCCGGCAGGAAUGCCAGCCCACGCCCACAUCAGGUGGGCUGGAGAGGCAUGUGUGCUGCCGCCGGCCGUCCUAACCGGCCUCAUACCCUGACCCCGACCCCCUCACCCUGGGGGAGAGCCGCCAGCCGGGAGCUUCAACCUGUGAGUUAGGUAUCCCUGGUUGUCUUUCAUCCCUACAAAGUCUGUUUAAAUAGUGGGCAAGGUGCUACACAGCAGAGGACACCUAAUCCCCGAGAUGCUUUGCAAACAUUGGCUGCUGUGUCACCACACCGAACCUGGCCUUAAAGAGAAUUUCAGGAGCUUGUUGUUCACGCCAAGAAUGAACCUACCCAUGAAGUCUCACUGAGCCUGGAGCCCUAAGCUGUUCUUUGUAACCUACAAAGAAGCGUUCGCCCAAAGUGAGAAUGGCGGGAUGGGGAAAGUGACCCCGUAUGUGCUCCUGGGGGCACUGUGGGGGGUGGCCCAGAUGCCUUCUCUUGUUGAAUCUUCACAGCAGGCCUCCCUCUGCAGCUGAGCACACGAAGGCCCAGGAGGCUGGAGGAACUUCCCAAGCACCCCUAGCCAGCGGGUCGGCGGGUCCUGGGGGCGCUCUCGACUCUCCCGGGCAUGCCGUUUUCCUGUGGCCAUAUGCACUAACAGAGUGGCAGUGUCCUCUCUGCUCCCAGGAUGUGAAACAGGCAGAAGAAUAAGGAGUCGCCUCUCUGCACAUCUCUCCCUGUCUGCUAGAAUGUUCCUCAUGAACGCCCCUCCUGUGGUCGCUCUCCAGUCGAAAUGGGAGGCCUUUGGCCCACCAGGGAGCUUUAGGUUUCCUGGGUGCUUCUCAGAGCCAAAAGAGGGUGUCUCGAGAGCUUCCGUGAGUGCCAAGGUGCAGAUGGUCAUCAGCACGCUUCAGAGCGACAAGGCUGCUAUGGGCAUGAGCUGUGAUCGUGCUCUGCAGAGAAGCCAAAGGGCAGACAGAGCCCGCGACGCCGCAGUCUCAGCCUGUGGUCCUGCCCCUGACUUCGACACCCCGGGGGACAAAGAAGCUGCAGGCUUUCGCCCCUUGGUGCUGGAUUCGGACAGUGACGAUUCCGUGGACCGGGACAUUGAAGAAGCGAUUCAAGAGUAUCUGAAGGCCAAGGGUGGAACUGCCCAGCCGGCUGGGGCCACAGGCAGGGACAGCCGGGGCGGAUUAGGGGCUCCACAGAGCAGCACCACUUCUGGCCUGUGUCCCCUGAGACCUGCUCCCGGCUCCAGCGCUGUCCCCGGUCGCCGUGCGGGAGCUGCCGCGGACCAGGGCUCCGCUUCCCCAGUCAGUGUGAGCAGUGACGACUCCGUGGACCAGAGCAUCCAGGCGGAAAUAGAGCAGUUCCUGAAUGAGAAGAGACAACAGGAGACCCCCAAGUGUGAAGUCUCUGCAGAUAGAGAACCAGACCCCAGCAACAACUUGGCCAAAUCGGCGCUUAGAUCCAGCAAAGAGCCAGCCAUCAAGGCACAUCGGCAGGAUUUGCCAGGGGCCUGCAAGGAGUUUGUCUUCCGGAAACCUCCCAGGUUGGUAAAGGCCAACACCCAGCCCAGAGGCCUCCGGUCUAAGGUUGCCACCGAACCGAAGAGCUUGGGCAGCACGAAGCCAGCCUCCACCUGCCGUCCUGCAGAAGUUGCCCAGAAUAAAGGUGGAAUCAAGAGGAACAUCGGCCCCGGGAGGAGGGCAAAGCGAGUCAAGAGCACGGCCCUGGGACACGAGGCGUCUGACUCCAGCAGCGAUGACGGCAUUGAGGAGGCCAUCCAGCUAUACCAGCUGGAGAAGAGAAGGGAGGCAAGCGGGGACCCUGCACAGAAAACCCUGCCCGGGGAGAGAGGGCCUGACUCCCCUGCGCACAGCACAAGCCACUCCGCAAAAAGUGCCUGGCCCGAAGCCCACGGGAAAACGCCAAACAAGAAGAAGCCAGUGGCCAUGAAGGCCAUGGACCUCGGCCUCGGUGGCCUUGACCCUGACCAUCCCUCCAAGCCACCCAAGGAAACCAAAGCUUCUGCCCCUCCAGGAAAUGCAGCUGCCAAAAGCGAGCCUGUGGAACGGGCCUCACGCCAGGCAGACACUUCUGCCGAGCUGAUGUGCGCGGAAGCAAUCCUGGACAUUUCCAAGGCGAUCCUGCCGGCCCCCGAGGAGGGCAGUGACAGACCCCUGUCCACUGGCCCGCUCUUUUAUCCCGCAAACGUGCCUUCCCGCUCUGAUGGUGACAGCAGUUCCGUGGACAGCGAUGACAGCAUAGAGCAGGAAAUCCGGACAUUCCUGGCUCUGAAGGCACAGUCAGGGAGUUUGCUGUCCAGAACAGAGACCUGCCUGCCUUCUGCCCAGAGCCCACAGCUGUCGCCUAACCCCAGCAGCCCUGCUGGUGGCCUCAAGGCUCCUGUCUCUAAAACCCUGGAUCUAUCGCUGAGCUGCAGGAGGAAACGCAGUGGAGGUGGCCACCCUGUACAGCCGUCCACACCCAAGAAAACAAGACAGGUGGCAAAGGAUGGUGCCCGGGAUGCUGAGCACAGCCAGGCGAAAGUGCACCCUGGCCAGGGAAAAGCCAGCGAGCCCUCCCCAAGGGAGGGCGAGAUCAGAGGCCAGCCUCUCCCCUGCAGGACGGCCAGGCUAGGUGAUGAGCUCAGCGCCCCGGACACGAGGGAUGGUGUGUCCCCAGGCCCCGGGAAGGCAGCAGAGUUGAGGAGCAUCGACGAGAGCUCUGACGACAAGAGCAGCUCAUUGGACAGCGACGAGGACCUGGACACCGCCAUCAAGGACCUGUUGCGAUCCAAGCGACAGCUCAAGAGGUUUCAGGAACCCAGAGCCGUGUGCAGGAAGAAGGUCCGGUUCAGCACCACCGAAACACAGUUCUUGGAUAAGCCUGGCGGCCUCCAGAAAGACUGGAAAGACAGAAGCCCACAUUUGUUGAAAAGCUGCCUCUCCAAGUCCAAGAAAGACAGCAGGGAGAACACGGUGAAAAAGCCUCUGAGCACGUUCUGCAGAGAGGCGGAGAGAGCAAAGCCAGACGGCAGGCCCCGGGCUGUGCCCCCGGCCCUCUGCCCGUGGAGCAGAGCCUUGGAAGGGAGCUUGCUCCCCAGUGAACUGGACGCCCAUGACCUCGAAGGUGCCGCCCCAAACCCCAGAUCCCCGUCCGAGGACAGCAGCUCUGUGGACAGCGAUGACAGCAUCGAACUGGAGAUCAGGAAGUUUUUAGCUGAGAAGGCCAAAGAGUCUGUGAACAGUUCAGAAAUUCCAGGAGGGUGCCCCACCACUCUUGGGGCAGGGAGCGCACCCAGGCCAGAGCUGCCAGGGCGGAAGAUGCCAUCCCCCGCCCUGGCCCUCCAGCCCGGCGUGUGUACUCGGAGCCACUGUGGACGGGGCACUACUCAGCUGCCAGGUGAAGGUCUGAGAGGCACAGGGAGAGCCCUUGUCCCUGGCGGGGGCCCUGAGAAAAACAGCCCCUGCAUCGAGCAGGCCUGCAUCCCUGCCGCUCUGGCCAGAUGGGAGCUGGCACCCCCCAGAAGUGGCACUGCCUCUGCCAGAGGGUCGCCAGCGGGGAGGAGAAGUGUCUGUACUCCCAAAGACCAGAGCCCCCGGCAGGCAGAGCCUGCUGCUGGGGAGCAUGGUUUGGGUCUGCGUCCCAGCUGCACUCAUGCCAGCACCCUGCCUGUGAGUGCCCAGGGCCAGAGCCCUCAGACUCGGAUCCCGGGACCAGACAGGCAGGGAACACCCCAGGCCGGCCUGGCCCUCCCGUGGGCUGACUUCGCCCACCAGGGUUGGCUGCAGAGCCCGUGGGCACCGAGUGCAGACAGUGGGGAUGUGGGAUGGAAAGGAGGCCUCAGCAAUGAGAGGGAGAAGAGGCCGGAGGAGGGCCAGGCCCGGUGCUCGCCCGGCCUGGCCACAGACUCCAGGAAAGGCCUGCCCUUCACAGGCUUCUCCUCACUGCUGUCCACACAGCUGUUCCACUUUGGAAAGAGCGUCUCCUGGGGGGGCAGGCAGGCUGGCCUCUUCAGUGGCCCCCUAAGUCUGCCUCUGCAAGGCCCAUCUUUUGCGGCCUUCGGGGAGAGCCCAGCCAGCCACGGGCCAGUGUUCGGAAGCUCACACCUGCUCACCAAGGAGGGUGGCCACUGGCCAAGCCGCAAGCUGCAGGCAGCACACAGUUUGCACAACAGGGGCCGCCCAGGCCCCGAGGAAAGCAUUUUAGACCUGCGGUAUAGACCAAGGUCAGUGGACAGAGAUGAGCAGGACCAAGAGGCCUUGGGCAGUGGUGCCAGCGAGCUCAGCGACACAUCCGUGGAGGAGGGUGGCAGCAGCCCCUCGGCCAAGGGCAGGGCCCUCAAGCUGUGAGUCGCACCCACAUCCUUGUGGGGAGCACAUGUGCGUGCGUGUGUCUGCGUGUGUAGGUAAUGUCCAUGACCAAGGGAGGAAGUGGGAAGCCACUCUGCAUAGCCCUGCACAUACGUGCCCCAGCGUGAAUGCCCUUGUUGCUUAACAGACGUGUCCUGGUAAAUAUGAUUUUUGUAGCUUUUUUGUAAAUUAUUUAAAGUGUUGUAAAGGAUAUUUUUGGAAAAUGUAGUUGUCAGGUUUGUAAGGGCAUUCCUAGCUGCAGGUGUCUGUGGUCCCCGACUAGUCUAGAUUAGCCAACACUUUAGGGGACCACCACAGCCAGGGGACCGUGAUAGCCCAGGGCCUGCCGGUGGACUGCUGGGAGGCGGCAACUGAUGCCUCCACCGAGGAUCCUGAAAAAAAUGCCCACAGUCCCCGCGGGGAAGCUCCUAGUUAGCACUUGCUACGUGAAGGGCCCCGGUCCCAGGAGGCCAGAGCAUGUCUUCUGAACACUACAGUCUCACCUCCAAUGGGAAAACCACUUCAAAGCACAAAGGCCCAUGAGCAAGUUGAGGUGCGUGGAGAAACCCCCGCGAGGUGUCAGCAGCAGGUCCCUUGGUUCCCGCCUGAGCCUGCGUCGUGCAAUGUCCAGUCUGUUUGGUCCUAACAGUUCAAUAAACCUCUUUUUAUAUGGGAGCUGCUGUUCAUUUUUGGUCAUGGUUGUGAAGGGUAACAGACAGCUUGUGCAUUCUGCAUGUCUUUUCCUCGAUCUGUGCCAGAGAGGAAGCCCUGUCAGAGCAGCUUUAUGGGUUUUGGUGCGUGGGCACCUUGGCAACCAGCCACAACACCAGCUCCCUCCAGGGCAUGGUGCCUAGUCCAGGGUGUGCUCACGCAGCUGAGCAGAUGUUUCUGACACCUGAGGCCUGCCUGUCUGAGGGGGUGAGGACUGUACCCUGCACCGUGGCGCACUCGCAGGCAGGCCCCGGCCUCUGCCAGCACUCACUGUGUGUUUGAGCCUAGCCUGGUGGAACAGGGAAGAACGUGGCACCCUGGGCCUCCUACUUAAGGCUGCUGUAGAGAUGGGAGGGCAGCUGUGUCACGUGGGGCUGGGCACUGACUGGUCACAUCAUGUACGUGCUCUUGUCUGGCACACUGGCGUCGGCUGCCCCAGGUUUCACAACUCACCCCUGGGAUUCAGCUGGGAUGGACCUGACGCUUACUUUGCAGCAGAAUUGAGUAGGUGUUCCAAGAUGCAAGGGAACUGUCCACACACAGCCCCAACCUGGGUUUUAGCAGCGAUUCAUCUCUGCACCCGAACACGGACAUUCACUGGCACCCCCAGUCCAGACCUGUCGCGCAGAUGCUGUGACGAGGGCCCUGUGGACGCGAGGCUGCUGGGCACCUGUAUGGUGUGCAUGUGGUGGGUCCACUGUCAAAACAUUCACUUAAGUGCUUCCAGGACAACAAUUCAUGUAAUCUAUACUUCAAAUUUUAUUUAAUUUUUAGGAGUGCUUUUAACACUCAAAAAAAAUUUCUCUUUUUUUGUAUAGAAGAGCCUUUUUAAUGCUAAUAAAUCAGUGCUGCUUGUGAAUCCGUUUGU